AUGAGUCAAACAACAAGUCAACCAUCUUCACAAGUUCCUGCUCCGGCAAGUUCUCAAGAACCAGUACAACAAUCUCAAGAAUCUAUUAAUAAUGAAUCUCAAAUUCAACAAGAAUUAAAAGAAUCUACACCAUCAACAACACCGUCUAAAAUUACAAAACCAAAAAAGAAAUCUAAAAAAUUAUGUCAAUAUAAACAAUGUACAAAUCAACAUUCCAUUAUUGGUGAUUGUCAGUUUUGUGUUAAGAAAUUUUGUACAACACAUCGUCUUUUAGAAGCACAUGAUUGUGAACAUUAUAGAGAAGUUAAAAAUGAAUAUCAUGAAAGAAAUGCUAAAUUAUUACAAUCCCAACAAACCGUUGUCUCUAAAGUCUGA